AACAACCUGACUGAAGGCGAGGUCCAGGGCGCAAGGGAUUGGGCUGAAGGGCCGUGAAGGAGGGGAGGCGGAGGGGGCGCUGGGGAUAUCGCUUGCUCAAGCCCAGCCCUCCUAGUCAGCCCGCGACAAACCGCGCCAGCUACCGGGCCUCAGAGAAGCCAGACUUCGCGGGCAUCAUGCAGUGGAUAAGGGGCGGAUCUGGAAUGCUGAUCACUGGAGAUUCCAUCGUUAGUGCUGAGGCAGUAUGGGAUCACGUCACCAUGGCCAACCGGGAGUUGGCAUUUAAGGCUGGCGACGUCAUCAAAGUCUUGGAUGCUUCCAACAAGGAUUGGUGGUGGGGCCAGAUCGACGAUGAGGAGGGAUGGUUUCCUGCCAGCUUUGUGAGGCUCUGGGUGAAUCAGGAGGAUGGGGUGGAAGAAGGGCCAAGUGAUGUACAGAAUGGACACCUGGACCCCAACUCAGACUGCCUCUGUCUGGGCCGGCCACUGCAGAACCGGGACCAGAUGCGGGCCAAUGUCAUCAAUGAGAUCAUGAGCACUGAGCGUCACUACAUCAAGCACCUCAAGGACAUUUGUGAGGGUUACCUGAAGCAGUGCCGAAAGAGAAGAGACAUGUUCAGCGAUGAGCAACUCAAGGUUAUCUUUGGGAAUAUUGAAGACAUCUACAGGUUUCAGAUGGGCUUCGUAAGAGACCUGGAGAAACAGUACAACAAUGAUGACCCACAUCUCAGCGAGAUAGGACCCUGCUUCCUAGAGCACCUAGAAGAUGUGACCCCAAGUGGGAGUGGUGGUGAAUUUGGAAAAAAGGGACAAACAAGUAGAGAAAAGUGGGGAGUGGGUGGACCAGGCAUCUCUGAUGGAGAUCACCAUGGCGCUGAGCCAUUCCCAG